AGCGUGUGUGUGUGGUUGGAUUGACCUACGUGCUCUAAACAUCCAUGUACUCAGGACCAGUAGGAACAGUGCAGUGCAUUGUGGGUCGAGUGGAGUGCUUCAUGAAUGGUCAGAGUAGAUGGAACAAUGCUCCCUGCUCUGAGCUUCUGACAUUUCCAUAUAGAACGGAGGAGUUAAAAGGAGAAAAACCACCCCACCUCCUUCUCCCCCUCCGCCCAUCUCGCCUGGGGCAUGGUACAGAAAGUGUCAAGAGCGGCCUCCAUCCCAUCCGUGUGUGUGUGUGUUUAUUGUGUGUGAGUUGUGUGUCAUACUACGGUUUUCUCUGCUGAUUAAUGGUUUGCUUUGGUGAGGAGAAACAGCGUGGAUCUGUUUGUUGGCAUUUGUUGGAGCUUGGAGCUCAAGCAGAAGAACCAGGAGCAGAGAAGAACCAUCAGAGGAACACUUCAUUCCCUUCACAAGAACCCAAGAUUUAAAUCUGGAUCUGGUAUGAGACAUAUCAGAAGGGAAGCUGAGUUGAUGUGCUGUAAGAGAGCGUCACCUUGCUUGUGAGGGAGGAACAGCAGUGUCUCACGUUGUUGGAGAGGGGAAUUAUAGUUGGUUGUGGUUUAGCAGUCUCUGUCACCGGUUCAAGAGGUCUAUGGUCCAGAGAUAGACUGAGACCAUGAAGAGCUUGGAGCUGCUGUGGUUACCUCUGCUGUUUGUUCUGAAAGAUGUAAGUGCUCAGUGGAACGUGUGGAUGCCCAAAGACAUUUCAGCCAUGACAAACUCCUGUGUGGUUAUACCCUGCUCAUUCACAUACCCCUCUGGUGUCAGGCCUUACAGGGGAAUACAUGGGAUCUUCUACUUUGGCCACCCCUACCCCCAGCUCUUCCCUCCAGUGGUAUUUAAGUCCCGCACAGAAAUUGUUCAUGAGAGUUUCAAGGGAAGGACCAAGCUAUUGGGUGACCUGUCACAGAAAAACUGCACGUUGCUGAUAAAUAACGUCGGAACAGAACAUUCUGGAAAGUAUUAUUUUCGUGCAGAUCUGGGCGGGGCCAACAUCUACACUUACCCUGACUUCACAAACCUCCAGGUGUUAGAUCAGCCCAACAUCGAUGUUCCAGAGGAGAUUGUCAGUGACCGGAGUCUGGAUUUGGUCUGCUAUGUCCCAGAUAACUGUCCCGACAUGAUCCCAGAGAUCCACUGGAUGUACACCGACUACCUGCCUGACCCUGUUUUUACCCCGGACAAUGUUGAGGAGGGCAACACUGCUGUACAGUCCAUCACCCUCACUUUUACACCAAGACCCAUGCACAACGGUCAACAGCUGGGCUGUCGGGUCCACUACCCAAACACUCCCUAUAUCUAUGAACGCAUCAUUUCUCUGGAUGUCAGAUACGGUCCUCGAUCGGUGUGGGUAAAUGUGUCUCAAGAGGUAAUGGAAGGAAGAUCGGUGGUCUUGCACUGUGAUGUGGACAGUAAUCCAGUUCCCACGAUAACAUGGUAUUUUGGAGAUGAAGAGCUGAUGUCGGAAACUGCCUCAAAUGCUUCGCUGUUUCUGGAGGACCUCAAACCUGAAAAUGAAGGCGUUUAUACAUGUGUUGGUGACAAUGGCUAUGGGAGUAUGAACACGUCCAUGUAUCUGGCAGUAAAUUAUCCUCCACGAGAGCCGUGGAUCAAUGAAUCUCUGAUAGCGCUGGAGGGAACUUCAUUUACUCUACAUUGCAAUAGUAAGGGUAACCCCAUGCCCACAUUGACCUGGUUGAAGGAUGGGGAGCUGGUGGGCACCAUCACAGCAGAGGAGGGCUCUGUAUUAGAGCUGAAUGACAUCACGCCACAGGCCGAUGGAGUUUAUCGCUGUCUAGCGGAGAAUGAACACGGCAAAGCAAGCAGCUCUCUUAACAUAACAGUAGAAUUCGCCCCAGUUCUCCUUGAUGACUCCAAGUGCACUAUAGUUCGUGAAGGUGUUCAUUGCAUAUGCAUCGCCUCUGGAAACCCAGAGCCCACAAUUGAAUUCCACCUGCCGGACCUCAAUAUCACCAUCAAUGGGUCCAACAAUCGUUACAACUUCUUCACGCACUCAGACCACUACACGUCCACAGGCAUCAUCAAGCUGCGGGACAAAGGCGAACGGGGGAGCAACGGCGAUACCGGCGUCCACGUUCACUGCAGCAUCAGCAACAUAUACGGAUCUGAGACCAUCCGCUUAGAACUGCAGCAGGAAAAAAAAUACAUGAUGGCAGUCAUAGUGGGGACUAUUGGAGGUGUGGCGGUCAUCGCCUUCAUCAUCGCAGCUGUGAGAUACGUAGGCCAGAACAAUAAAAAAGAGAAUGGUAACCCUGGGCAGGACGUGGGAUCUAAAGUGGAGAAUCCCUCAAUGUUCUACAGCGCAGUCAAGAAGGACAAACAGAGUCUCAGGAAAAAAGUGCUUAAGACUGAGCUCCUGGGCUCAAAGUUUAACUCCAUCCUAGAGGAAGGCACGGGAGAUGACAGCGAUUACCAGUCUGUUGGCUCGGUUGGAGUCAUGGAGAGGCAAGAGUUAAAUUAUGCCGCCCUUGAAUUUCUCCACGGGCGACACCGGGAUGGAAGCUUCAGGAGGGCUGACGGUGACGGCAGUGACUACACUGAAAUUAAGACUAAAUGAACCGCGAUUCUUCCCUGAUGCCUCGGCCAAACGGGACACGGUGACCACUAGAGCCCACUCAUUCAUUAGGCCCCAACGAUUCGAUAUUUUACACAUUUUAAUGCUUUAGUUUACACAAAAAUGUACUUUCGGUUAUCAUUUACUCAUCCGUAAACACAUUUUGAGUUCCUUUUGUGUCUUUUUGAAGUUCCAUACAAUGAAAGUGAAUUGUAUAGGGAAUAAGGAAAGAUAUGGCCUCCGAAGACUUACACUUUCAUGAUGAUUUAUCGUAAUUUUACACCGCAAAAAAUUAAAUUCUUACUUAGUAUUUUUGUCUUGUUUUCAGUAGAAAUAUCUAAAAAUUCUUAAAUGAAGAUGUAUUUUCUUGAUGAGCAAAAUUACCUAAAAAAUAAGUCUAGUUUAUAGACAAAAAAUAUACUUAAGUCAAUUUGUGCUUUAAACAAGCAAAAUGAUCUGCCAAUGGGCUGAGAAAAUUUUGCUUAAAUUAUGUAUUUAAGAUUUUUUUUUACUUAUUUUUAGAUUUUUUUUCUCACCCCAUUGGCAGAAAUGUUUGGUUGUUUUAAGCCCAAAUUUACUUAAAGGUGCAGUGUGUAAUUUUUAGAAGGAUCUCUUGACAGAAAUGCGAAAUAAUAUACAAAACUAUAUUAUCAGGGGUGUAUAAAGACCUUUUAUAAUGAACCGUUAUGUUUUUAUUACCUUAGAAUGAGACGUUUUUAUCUACAUACCGAGGGUCCCCUUACAUGGAAGUCGCCAUUUUGUGCCACCAUGUUGUGCCAUACAGAAGCCCUUAACGGACAAACCUUUUUACUAAGUUGUCUUCGAAGAUGACAUGUUUGUCCGGUGGUGGCUACCGUAGUUUCUCUAUGCGUUUCAAAAGUGAGGGGUGAGCAGUGAACUGAGCCAUUAGAUGCAAUUUGAAACCUCACCACUAGAUGUCGCUAAAAUUUACACACUGCGCCUUUAAAUUGUACAUUUUUUGUCUAAAAACUAUUAGACUUAUUUUUUUUAGGCAAUUUUUCUUAUCAAAAUUUUUUUUCUCAUCUUGAUACAAGAAUUUUUUGAUAUUUGUACUGAAAACAAGACAAAAAUAUUAAGUUAGAAAGUCAAUUUUGCAGUGUUAUUGCAUUGUUUGAAAUGUCAUCUUUUGUGUUCAAUGAAAUGAAGAAAGAAAUGCGGCUUUGUAACAACAUGAGUAAAUUAUGCCAGAUAUUUUUAGGAAAGCGCUGUCUCAAUGUAGAUGUUAGUGUACACAAAGCAUUGACACGCCUUCCUUACGCCCCUAGUUUUUCAUUUUUUUAUCCGUUUCUUUAUAUAUGUUUUAGGAAUAUAUGUUAACCUGUUUUUGCCUGUAAUCAUACCAGAUAUUUUUGUCUUUUCACACUUUUUUCUAUUAGAAGCGUUACAGGAUUCACCUGGUUGAGAAACUUGAAAAGGAAAAUUUGAAAUCUUGUUUCCCAACAGUUUGUGAGAACUGGUAUGGUUAGCAGGCGAGUCUUAGUAACUAGUGGUCUUCUUCACUGUGUCUGCUGUAAGUCGAAACAUCAGGGAACGAGGCACCGUGUGGUCCUCGAUGUAAAAGCGCUCUACCCAGUUUUGGGUUUGUUUGGAGGGACUAAUACUCUCUCAGACGCAGCCGUUGUCUUUUUUUUUGUGUAUCUGUCGACACACAGUAUAUUCAUCUGCUGAUACUUACAAUAUAUACCCUGACGUGAUUGUUUAAGGAAUUGUUCACUCAAAAAUAUAAAUGAUUUAAUCGAGGGUGACCAUAUACGUGCCAUUUUACCCAGACACGUCCUGGCCAGGAUUUCAGAUGUGUCCUUCGGAAGUCGCAUUUGUUUAUCGCAUACGUCAUGGAGGUUUAUAUCUCAGGUUCUAUUUCGGAAAAGCAACCGUUAGAUUUCAUGUUAAUAAGAAAUUUGUAUGUCAAUUAUUUUAUAAUCUUUCUAACUGAAAUGUGAGAACCUCAAUGACGUAUACACUGGACAAAUGUGACUUCUGGAGGACGCAACCGAAAUCCUGUCCAGAAAGGGUCCGGUUAAAAAAGCACGUAUGGUCACCUAAAUGUAAUCACCCUCAUGUCUUUUUGAAACACAGCAGAAGCAAAAAUCUUGUGCAAUGACAUGAGAGUGAGUAAAUGAUGACUGGCUUUUCAUUUUUGGGUGAGCUGUCCCUUUAAUUGGUUGGAUUUCAAUGGUAGCCUAAAUUGAUACUGAGUUUUUAUUUAUAACAUUAUUUAUUUGCAUUUAUAAAUGAAAACAGACCAGUAACUGAAUUUAAAACUGGUUUAUUGAAAGGUUGCUGGAUUUACUUAUUCCCCAAAGCUCUUUAUUCUUCUAUUUAUACACAUUAUAAAACGAGAAAAGUUGGAUCAACUUAAAAAAUUACUUCAAUUGGUAACACUUAAAAAAAAAAAAUUUUUCAAUUGAAUUCCUAGAUUUGUAUCAAAUAGGAGUAAAAUCAGGUUACACUUUAAAAAAAAAAUAUAUAUACUGGGUUGUUUCAACCUUUUGUUGGGUUAAAUAUAAAUAUUUUCUUGGUUGAUUUGCCCUAAAGGCUGGGUUUGUUUCUUUUAAACCCAAACGCUGGGUUGACAAUAACCCAGCAUUUUUUAAGUGUAAUAGUACAGUCCUGGUGCAAAUUGCAAUCUUAUAGAGUAAAGCUAAGGACUGAUAUAGAAAAGUCAUACUGAAUAUUACAAAAAUAUUACGAGAUUAAUAGAUCAUUGUAAUUUUUUUUAACUAAUAUAUCAGAAAAAAACACUCAACAGGAAAGGAAGGUGCUUUGUCAUGUCAUGUUUUGUGUAAUUAUGUAAUCCUCUGGUAAGGUUGUGUCCGAUAGAAGUUAGGUGGUCAAUAUUUUCGAUCCGCCCUUGCAAUACAAUUAAACUAAUAGAUUAAUAAGUAAUUAUAUUCAAUUAAUCCUGCAUUCAAACAGGGUAUACCAGUGUAUGUAAAUAUUCUGCAUGAUAUAUAGUUCUGGGUUGUGAACCUCUUGACUGCACAACAAGAACAUACAUUGCGCUACAAUGGUGUAUAUUUUGCAGAAAAUCAAACACAACGUGACAUUAUAUAAUGUGCAUUAACGUACACAAAUCUUCACAAAUGUUUAUUUAUUUGUUAGCAAAUAUUUGCCUUUAUAAAUCAAACCUAAUUUUUCACUCUGAGUGUUGUAAAGAAUAUUUGUAUGUAUCUGACUGUGUGAUGGCAAUAAUCUUGAUCACAAUAUAAUAUUGUUUACUCAUUGACAUAAUAAUGCAGAAAUCAAUUGUCAAUCUUUAUUUAAAUAAAUAGCACUGUUCAUUCAUAAUAAUUUGUAAUUUGAUGUUCUGUGCUCUUUUUCUUUCUUUUUUGUUUAAUAAAAGUCUCCGGUAUCGAA